AUGUCAUCAACAAUUGAAAUACAUAAAUUAGCAAAUUAUUUUCAUCAAGUUAUUAAUGGAGAAAUUCUUCCAGCAUAUCAAUAUCAUGUUGGUCAUCGACUUUUUUAUUUAUUUGAUUUAAAAUUAGGUAAAUCUCGUCUUUCUCGUCAAACAAUUGAUCUUACUCUUAAAUUAAUUCUUUGUUUAGAUGAUGAAGAUAAUGAUUAUGAUCAAUGUAAAAAAUUUAAUUAUCAUAUUAUUCCGUUACAUUCGGAUUUAUCUAUGGAUGAUCAAGUCAAUAUUUUUACACCAGCUAAAACUACUUAUCGAAAGCUUGGUGCAUUAACUAUUCUUAUGGGUCAAGAUAAAAUUCGUCCAUUUGAUGCAGAUUUAACAUUUGGAAAUAUUCUGGCACUAUUACCUAUUCAUAUAGAAUUAUCAGGUUUAAUUGCAUUAGGACAUGUUUUUGGUUUAGUAUAUGAAAUAAUUGUUACUGCAGCACGUUUAUCAACUAAAAGUAUUUUUCAAAUUUCUUACAAAGAUCGAUUAGCUGUUAAGAAAAGCACAUUUUAUUUUGCUGCAGAUACUUUUUGUGAUUGUCAUGGUUUUUUAAAUAUUGAUAAACUAAUUAUUGAUAGAGCAUUUUUUCCGAAUUAUUAUAUUCGUCAACCAAAUGAAUCUGAAGCAAUCGAUCGGGAACUAUCAUCAAAAGAUCCGCUUCGAACUAUUAUGAUAAUUUUACAAACAUUUGAACGAUCAGCAGCAUUACAACGUGUUAAACGUGUUCAUUUAUAUAUGUCAGCUGGUAAAAUUCAAAAUGAAAUUUUAAAUCAUCAACGAGAUUUAUUUCCAGAAGAACAUCUUUAUGCUUCACCUCACGUAGCUAAAUGA